UAUUUUUUAUGGGACAUUUGGACGUUUCGAGAUCAGAUUUUUGUUGUGUCGCGAUAACGCAUAAAAUUUGAGAUAAAGAUAUCUUUUUUGUAUAACAAUAAAAUUUUUAAAAAGAACGGCAUCUCUCUCCGUAACUGAUUUGCCGAUUUGUUUAUCUUUAUUUUUGUAAAAAUCAUCUGUUUUAUCUCUUCUUUUAUAAAUGCUAAAAACAUUUUAUGUAAAUGAAAUAUUAUUAUCAAUCUCCUUUUGCGUAAAAUUUAUUUUACAAUGUUAACUAAUUCGUAAAUUUAUUUCAAAAUAAUCUUGCAUCGAUGACGCAAACACUACUACAAUCGGGAAAUAUCACUCAUUAGGGAUUUAUAUAAUCAUAUUUCUACAAAUUCCAGUGAUUAAAUUAAUAAAAUAUAAAAUAAUAAAUAUAAAUUAAAAUUAAAUAAAGAAAUCGUAAAAACGUGUAACGUAAAAACACAAUAAGUUAAUUAUUCGAGCGAUUAUAAUGAAAGUUAUGUUACAGUGGAAAUUGCUGUGGGUGGCCGUCCUAGUGGCCGUGCUCUCCACAUAUCAUGCAGAUGCAAAUCAUGAGAAAAACAAACGUGCGAUAAGGAAUAAUUAUCAGAUUUCAAAUUUACCGAUUCAUUCUUCUUUAAAAGGACAAGAUGCCAUAGUGAUUGAGUCGGAUUUUUCGGGAUAUGAGUAUACAACCCCAAAACCGACUGGCUAUGUUUAUACUCGGGGAUAUGUUUAUGUAACUCCGAAUGUUACAAUAUUGACUCCAACUACAACAACUACAACAAAAAAGUCUACGCCAGGAACUGAUUAUUUACCGCCAAGGACUACACGAUCAACGACUACAACCACCACUACAACUACACCAUCGACGACUACAACUACCACUACAACUACACCAUCGACAACCACCACCACAACUACACCAUCUACAACUACAACUACCUUCAAGCCGACCUAUCUGCCCCCGUAUGAGCGAACAUACCUUCCACCACCGGAACCUCCGAGAGAGUAUCUACCAGUGAGGCCAACGCUGAUGCCAUAUCCAACAGUCAGAUACGAAACGAUUAGAACACCAAGAACAACUCUUAGGCCAUUUAAACCGUUUCAGAUACCAGGUCCACGACCGACCUUACCGUCGAGCACGACGCAGGCUGUAUUGAUACGAGGUUACGAGUACUUACCACCUAAAGAAUAUCUACCCGCCUUCAAAACCCGCAAAUGAUGAGAUCUGAUAACACAAACGAUUUGAUGAGCAUUGUCAAUUAAUGAAAUGCGCAAAUCUUAAAUAUUAAUAAUAUUAAUAUUAAUAACAAAAAUAUUAUUUGAUGCCCAAUGGUAACGCUGAGUCCAAACACGGAAAAAAAUAAAUUUUUUUGUAAAAUUACUAUUUGUAUGCAUAGUUUCUUGUCUUAACAUAAAAUGUAUUUUUCGACAGUGAUAUGGACAAAAAACAAGACUAUAUAUUUAAAUUUUAAUAUAC